UAUCUGCAGCAUGCAGAGCUCGUGCCCCCCCUACCCUUCACUCGCCUCAUGCCCUGCAAGGAUGGCAGGAUCGAGGAGAUGUCCCUCAAGAAAGAGAAGCUGAUAGAGGUCAAGGAGGAAGUGGAAAUUAAGAAGGAAGUGGUAGUGGAAGUGAAAAAAGAGGAAAAGAGUAAGAAGGAGAAAGUGGUGGAUGUGUUGGCAGAAUUAAAGGAAAAGAAGGUGGAGAAGAUGGAGGACCUUAUUUCUAGAGAAAAGUGUGACAACUCCAAAGAUACUGAGUCAACAGACAAACUUUUCAGUCAAAGGAUAAAUAGAGUUAAUAAUGCAAGGAAGAGCAAACUAGACGAAAUAUUUAAGAAGUUAAAGAAGGAACCAAUGGAGGACCAUAGUGACGAUAAGAAAAGGGAGACGAAGGAAGUGUGUGUGUUGAAAAAGGACAAUGAAGUGCAUGUAGACAGUAGUGUUGUGGUGAAACAGGAACCAAGUAGUGAUAAGUUAACUGAGAGAAAACAAGAGGAAGUAUCUCAAAAUAAGCCAGAAUCUAAAGAAAAAUUAGAAAGGCGUGAAAGCAGUGGCUCCAAGAGGGAAAGUGGAGGAUUCAAAAGACCUCAUGAGGAUCUAGAGGAGGAAUCAUGGAGUCCAGAUGAAGCAUCGUUAAGCACAACUACUGAAGGUCAGGACUGGUUAGGUCGACGUGUCAUGUGCGUGGGUACUGUGAUCCGGAAUCUGUCCUUUAUUCCAGGAAAUGAAGAGGUGAUGAGCAAAUGCGCAUCUCUGCUAGCCUUACUUGGCAAGACAAUCCUGCUGCACCAUGAGCACCCCAAACGUACCCCCUCCACGGCGCAUUACGACCGUGAUGAGGAGGCGGACCUGAGCGAUUGGUGCAGCUCCCUGGCUCCGGACACGCACUGGUGGUGGCCCUACCUCCACCAUGUGCAUGAGAACACGCUGGUCACCCUGGCCAACAUGGCAGGCUCUCUUGAUUUGUCAAUUUACCCAGAAGAGAUCUCACGGCCCUUGUUAAAUGGCCUUCUACACUGGGCCACCUGUUCUGCCUCAUAUGGUCAGGAUCCCUUCCCAGGUGGUGGAACAUCUCUUCAGUCUGCAUUGUCACCUCAGCGUCUCGCCCUGGAGGCCCUUGUUAAGCUCUGUGUGCUUGACCAGAACACAGACUUAGUUCUAGCUACACCACCUUUUACACGGUUAGACAGCCUGUGUGGCCAGCUGACCCGCUUUAUGUGCCGCGGGGAGGACCAGGUCCUACGCGAGUUCUCCAUCAACCUCCUCCACUAUUUCUCAGCUGCAGACUCUGGUGUGGCUAGAGUCAUAGCCAUGCAGAAUGGGUGUGUCUCUCUCCUUGUGGCUUUCAUCGAGGAGGCAGAGGCUGCGGCGAUGAAUGUGGCUAAUGUGCAGGGUGUGAGUGCCCUCAAGGAAAACCCUGAGCUGAUGGGGACGAGCCUGGACAUGGUGCGGCGGGCUGCUAACACACUGGUGCACCUUUCGCGAGUGCCAGCUAAUGCUCGGGUUUUAGCUAAUUGUGAAAACAGACUAUUGACAUUGGUCAUGAGCCAGAUACUUGAUACCUAUGUUGCAUCUCAGUUGUCACAGGUGUUAUUUAAUGUAGCCCAAGUGCAAAAUGAAUUUCCCCAAUUAUCACCUUGCCCCUCACCACCAUCAUCACCCCCACCAACUACAGCACAAGCCUCAGAGUUAACCAAAACUCCAGAUGCACCAAUGGAUGUGGACUCAUCACCAUUAGAUGCACCCAGCCAACCCACUUCUAUUACCACAGCCGUAAAACUGGUCAAUCAUGACUCCAUUUUGACUGAGUAUGAUAAGACCAAUGCUGCAUCCCCCAAUCCUGCUUCUGCUCCUUCUCCUAACCCUAUUUCAGCCCCUAAUGCCACACCUGUGCCCACUAUUCUCACCACUCCCGUCAGCCCCCGCUGCGACUCCUGCACCAGUACCUACAGCUGUACCAAGUCUAGGUAAAGUCCCAACUCCUAAUUUAACCCCUGCCCCCAUCUCUGCAAACAGCCCUGUAUUUAACCCACAAAAAAUGGCCAUGAAGCCCAGCAAUCCCCCCACCCAAACCACAAACUCCGAGUCAUCUACAAAGUGCGAGUCCCUGGCAGCGGCGGCGGCCCCGGUCCCCAUGGAAGCGUCAGCAGCAAGUCCCUCAUCUUAGUAGCGGGUGGGUGAACCCAGUGAGCGUGUAGGCCUCUCUCAGCCAUGUGUGGUACAAACUGUGUGGUGGGGGUGACACUAUGCCCCCUAGGGUCCCCCCCGGUCCCAGGGCCCCCCCUAGUGUCUCAGCAGGGCCCUUGCAAGGACCACCUCAGUGAUAUUGAGUCCUACCAGGCAUUAGGGCUCUCAGUGUUGUGUACAGUAACUAAAAUAAGAUGUGUGUCCUGCUGUAAGCAGUGUCUGUGAAUUAUUCUAAAGUGCGAGUGUAGCCAGCAACAAGUCUGUGAAAGUCUGUGUAUUUGUACUUUUCAAUGUACAGAAGUCUGUACUCAUCUCAGCUGUAUUUCUUGGAUUUAAAGAAAGUUGUAGAAAGAAAGUAUUCAGAGAAA